AUGGAGGCGGUAUGCUUGUGCAGCUCAGUCCGACUUCUAUCGAACCAAUAUGAUGAGAGCCAAGCUAGAAAUCUGAUCCCUGCACUUAACCGACACCUGGAGGAUCUGCGCCGGCUUCUGGCGCAGUCCAAGUCGCUCUCCCGCGAUGUGCAGUUCCACGUCACCCCCCGCAACCAGCGCACGAGCAAAGCGCUGGCCGUCGACUCGCUUGACCUCACGCCGGUCAACCAGGUCCGGGAGCAGUUCAGAGAAAACAUUGACGGGUUCUGGGCCGUGUCUGAUAACAGAGUACCUGCAGAACUGCGCCGGCGACUUGCCUGCGUGGUAAUAUUUCUCAGAUCGAAAUAUGAGAGGUAUCUGAACAUAGACGACGAAGAAGUCUUUAGCCACUUGCUCAAUCUGUCACCGAGAUACGAAGACUAUACAGCAUUUGUGCAGCGUCUUAUCUUAAGUCAACUCCGAGACCCUGCAUUGCCUUCCUCGUACUACAAUCUUUUCUAUGACUACGCCGAUGUACUUCCAGCAACAGAUCAACUCCUAUUACUCCUUUAUGCUUAUGGAGGCUCCGACGUACCCGAGGCCCUCUUGAAAGGCGUUCGGUCGCCGCAACGGCGGUGGAACAGCGAUGGCGAGAUUGAAACUGUCACCUCUGACAAGUUCGGUCUGCCCACCGAGCUGACCAACCUUCUAUCCGACGACAUAGAGUGUUCUCGCGCGACAGAAAGCCCGUACAUUAACAAGCAUGGCCUGGAAGACAGGACGAACGUCUGGUCUCUAUGCUCCGAACUUGCAAUGUUCUUCUCCAGAGUGCUAACCCCCAAAACAAUGGACGAACUAGGCAACGUCGCACUCAAACUGUUAUGCUUUGUCGUCCCUCCAUGUUACGAAGGAAACACAGAAUGGUCGCCAACUCUCAAAGCCGCCGUUUGGGCGGUGAUGGACAAGGCCACGACAACCUUCAAAGUUCCAACACCGCUCAAGGCGGAGGUCAUAGACGCGCUCCUCUAUUUCUCCGAGCGGGACCACAUACCAAUGCGUCGCGCCGCCGUCGACAGAGCAAAAUCGUUCCUGCGUAAGCCCAUGCCGUAUUACUUCCAUGCAUCGGUGGUCCUCUCCCGGAGCAACCUGCUACGGCUCGACGGCGAGUUUGCAAAGUCGGAAGCGCACAUCCGCGACUUCAUCUGGCGAGGGCCGCAACCUUCCACUCGCAAGGACCACGCCCUUCUCGGACGCCUGCACAUUUCUCAAAUCGAAAACAAGAUCAAGUGCUAUGACAAUGAUGUGUCGUCAUUCAUCUACAACUGGCAAGCGGAACAGCCGUUGUCGACUCUCGAUAUAGAGGUCACCUUCCGAUUGCAGAGCACGGCAGCGCGUUUCUUCCAAUCCAUCGGCGACUUUGGUGCCGCCAGGGCUUCGAUAGAGCAUUUGAUGUCUUUGGACAUGACGAAGCCGAUUCGUCAGAACACGCGACGCCUCUUGUGUGGCAGGCUUGCAGAUAUAUACUGCAACAUGCAGGAGUGGGCGAUGGCCGCCGAUAUACUUCAAACAGAGCUCGGCACGACGGAAGACGCCGAGCGCUGCCGGCGCGGGCCCCGGAGGCUGCUGCUAGCAUCAGCGGAGGUCGAUAUCGGACUUCAACGAUUGAAUGCUGCUGAAGCAACACUGAAAGAGCUCGAGGGCUACGAGCCUGCCGAACUAGACAACCUGCACGACCAACAGCUGCACAUGCGGCUGUUCAUAGGCCAUGCGCGAAUAGCCAGCUUGAGGGCAGAUCGGCAGGCGGCUGUGCUGCAGUGGAAAUUUGCCCUCGAGGAAGCUCAGAAGAUGUAUACCCUCGGGCCAGGAGGCGGGUUCACGACGGCGAUAACUCAUCUGUCUCUGGCCCACGCUCUGCUGGCUAUGGGCGAUAGAGAUGGCGCGCGGGAAUCUUGGGCUGCCGGAGUAGAGAUUUUGAGGACGGAGAUAUGCGAGUUUUGGCUUCCGAUCGUGCCGACGUUGUGGCUGCAGAUGGUUGCUAGAGACGUUCAUGAGUCGCAAGCCGUGAACCAGGGAUCAUGGGUGGCUCAUCUCAAGCUUAUCCUCUGGCACGCACUCGCGGCGCUCCAAGUCUUGACUCUGGGCGUAGCCGCCUUCCGGGGCGGAGAAGUCGCCGGAGACACUAGCGUCAUCAUCGCGUCAGAUUCCUUGGCCAUCGCGUCUAGCAUCCUCUUCAUCUUCGUCUCCAGGCUCGAGCAUCGAAGAGCUCGUGCUCCCUCCGCUGUGCUGCAGACGUCCCUCUUGGCAACAAUUAUACUUGACGCAGCUCGUCUUCCAAGAGAAUGGGCCUACGCUUACAACGGCGGUCUUGCCAUUGCCAAUCUUCUGACCGUCCAACUAGUUAUAAGGGCCGUUCUGCUUACAGCGGAGUCGGCAUCGAAGCCCGCCUUCAUCACCAUUCCAGCCACCAAGACUACCCGAGAGGAGCUAUCUGGCAUCUUUGGCCGGAGUCUUUCGCUCUGGCUCAACCCUCUGUUCAAGUUGGGCUGGAAGAAGGACUUGGUGACUGAAGACCUUGAGCCGGUUGAUGAGGCAUUGUCUGGUGAAAGGUUGCUGGAGAGACUGUCUACAGCCUGGGAGAAUGUCGACCAAACCCGAACCCACGCCCUCUCAAUUGCUCUCCUGAAGGCCUUCUCCCCAGAGCUCCUCUACACCCACUUCCCCCGCUUCAUCAAAGUCGCCUUCGGCCUCGCCCAACCGAUCCUGGUUCAGAUCACGAUCGAGUACAUCCAGAACCACGAAACGACGCCCGUGGAAGACGGCUACUGGCUCAUUGCCCAAUUCGCAUUCGUCUUCAUCGGAAACGCCGUAUCCUCCCUGUGGACAAGCCAGCUCUCCUACCGCCUCAUAACCAUCAUCAGAGGCGCCCUCAUCGCCAUAAUCUACCAAAACAUGCUCUCCCUCCGCGCCGAGAGCGGCACCUCAGAGGCCGCCGUUGCGCUCAUGGGCACCGAGGUUGAGUGGAUCACUGUCGCGGCCGAGUGGUGCCUUGCCGUCGUCCCGAAUCUCGUCCAGGUUGCGCUGGCGAUGUGGAUUCUCGGAAACCAGCUUGGUGCUGCGUGUAUCACGCCUGUCCUGAUUGCCAUCGUCAGCGUUCUGAUAGCAGCGCGGCUGGGUAAGCUCAUCCCGCCCCGCCAGCGCCGCUGGCGUGAAGCCAUCCAGAAGCGCGUCGGCGUCACCACACAGGUCAUGGGCUCCGUCAAGGGCGUCAAGAUGAGCGGCCUCAGCGGCACAGUGCAGGACCAGAUCCAAGGGCUGCGGGAUUUUGAGCUCGAGGAGUCCAAGGAGUUUAGGAAGAUCCAGAUCUCCAACGUGCUCGUCGGCCAGCUUCCCUCCAUCAUGACUCCCUCAAUUACUCUCGCCGCCUUCGCCAUCGCGCAGCGCCUCGCCGGCGGAGCGCCCCUCAACGUCGUGCAGGCCUUCACGUCGCUCUCCCUGCUGGGUAUCCUCGUCAACCCCGUCUCCGAGCUCGUCAUGGUCCCGCGGCACCUCGCCAUGACGAUCGGCUGCCUUGACAAGAUCCAGGAGUUUCUGGCCAAGGAGAAGAGGGAGGAUUACAGGAACGUGAAAUCGAGGAGGCAGGGACAGCCCAACGGGGUUGUGCAGGAGCCGACGCCCGACCAGCCGCUGAUCAAAGUCUCUGAUGGUUCCUUUGGCUGGAGUACUGACAAAGCCAUCUUGCACGACCUGGAUCUUGAGAUCAAACCGGCGACGCUGACUAUGAUUGUUGGCCCAGUCGGGUCUGGUAAGUCGACGCUGUUGAAGUCGCUGGUCGGCGAGACGUAUCGCAUCGCGGGAGAUGUGGGGUACGCUGCGAGCCCAGAGGUCGCGUAUUGUGACCAGGACCCUUGGAUUUUGAACCAGAGCAUCAGGGAGAACAUCACCGGCGGCGCAAACUAUGACGCGGUGCUUUAUGAUAAGGUGAUUGCGGCAUGUCAGCUUGAGGAGGACAUCCGGUUGCUUCCGGACGCAGAUGGCACUAUCGUGGGAAGUUCAGGGGCUGCUUUGAGCGGCGGGCAGAGGCAUCGCAUCGCGCUGGCUCGAGCCAUCUAUAGCGGGAAGCAAAUCAUCAUCAUGGACGAUACCCUCAAGGGCCUCGACUCGAACACGGCCUCGAAGUGCUUCAACACGCUGUUCGCCGCUCAAGGGCUCCUACGAAGCGUUCAAGCUGACCAAAAGAGGUCUGUCAUCUUUGCAACUCAUAAUGCCCAAUGGCUCCGGUUCGCCGACCAGAUCCUGUCUGUCAACACCGACGGCAAGAUCUCCGAACGCGGCUCUUAUGGGGAGCUCAGCAAGUCCGACGGCUACGUCAGCAAGCUGCGGGUUACGGCACUGAGUGACUCGAACGAGGACACACCCGAGAACAGCGAUGAGGAGACGAAAGAUAACGUUGAAGCGCCGAAGAAAGACAUAUCUCUCGCCGAGGUGAAGCCCAAUGGCGCCGAGAAGCUGAAAGCAAGCCGUGGCGCGGCGAAUACCAGCUCGCUGCUGUAUUACAUCAAGUCCAUGGGCACGUCGGCGUUCUUGCUGUUUGCGACGAUGGUGCUGUUCCAGAUGGGGUGUCGGACGAUGCAGCUCGACGAUGUGCUAGGUUCUGACGAGUUUGACGUAGGUCUUUGGGUCAAGUUCUGGGUAGCUGCCAACGAAGACCACUCUGAUCCUAAUCUGGGGAUGUGGGUGGGAGUGUACGUCCUUUGGGGCGUCUUGACCGAAGUUGCUGUUGCUAUUGAGACGUACUACUUCCUGGUCAUCAUCGUCCCGCACUCCGCCAAGGGCCUUCACUUUGGCGUCCUAAAAGCCGCACUCGCAUUCAGCCAAGACAUGAACCUAAUCGACCUCCCCCUCCCCCUCGCCUUCAUGCUCACCUUCGACUACUUCACCCUCGCCAUCGCCGAAAUCAUCCUAACAACCCUCGCCACGCCCCAGCUAACCCUGCUCAUCCCCCUCCUCUUCCUCGCCCUCUACCUCCUCCAGCGCAUCUACCUCCAAACCUCGCGCCAGAUCCGCCUCCUCGACCUCGAAGCCAAGUCCCCGCUCUUCUCGCACUUUCUCGCCUCCGCCUCUGGUCUCGUCACCAUCCGCGCGCUCGCCGUCACCGCCGCCGCCGAAGCGGAGAACCUCGCGCGGCUUGACAUGAGCCAGCGCGCGUUCUACGUCAUGGGGAGUCUGCAGAAGUGGCUCCUCCUAGUACUCAACCUCAUCGUUGCGGCGCUGGCGGUGUUGCUCGUCGGUCUGGCGGUUGCGCUGCGCGAGAGCGUGGAUGCCGGGUUGCUGGGCGUGGCGCUGGUUAGUGUGAUGGGGUUCGGGUACUUGUUGAUGCUGUUGCUGAAGUACUGGGCCGAUCUGGAGACGAGCCUGGGGGCUGUGGCGAGGAUUAGGGAGUUUCAGAUGGAGACGCCGGCGGAGGUUGACGGGGAUAAGGAGGUGGAGAGCGUGUGGCCUGAUCGGGGACGUGUGAGGAUUCGUGAUGUGGCUGCUGCGUAUGAUGACCACCAAGUUCUGCGGGGGAUUAACCUGGACAUCCAGCCUGGUGAGAAGGUGGCGAUAUGCGGGCGUACGGGGAGCGGCAAGUCAACCCUCCUUGCCCUCCUCUUGCGUUUGCAUGACCCUUCGUCCGGGAGUAUUGAAGUGGACGGGGUGGAUAUCUCGACGGUGCCGAUUUCACGGCUGCGAGAAAGUCUAGUCGCACUCCCGCAAGACGCCUUGUUCCUCCCUGGAUCCGUCCGGCGGAACCUCGAUCCACUGGACAAGUCCGACGACGCAGCGGUAUGGGAAGCGCUAGAAAAAACGCGCCUGAAGAGUCUCUUUGAGGACAAGGGCGGGCUGGAUGUGGACUUUGAGACGGAGUGGUUGAGCGCGGGUCAGAAGCAGCUAUUCUGCAUGGCGAGGGCGAUGUUGAGGGAGAGCAGGGUGUUGUUGCUGGACGAGGCGACGAGCAGCUUGGACCAGGCGACGGAGCAGGUUGUGCAGGACCUUAUCAGGAGCGAGUUUGAGGGGUGGACUGUCAUUGUGAUUGCGCACCGUCUGCAGGCCGUUGUUGACUUUGACAAGAUCGUGGCACUGCAGGAUGGGGAAGUUGUCGAAUUUGAUCACCCGAAGACGCUGCUUGAGCGGGGUGGUGUGUUUGCCUUGUUGUGGAAGCUUCAGGAGGGGUGA